GCACGCGCACUACGCUCUCAUGCCUUGCGCGAGGCGGCGGCUGUGCACCGCCAUCUUGGCCGGUGGCGGUAAGAACACGCUGUGUGCUAAGACCUGACGGCUAGCCCUGCUUUGGCUACUGCACGGCCCAUUGGAAGGGGACCGUUGUCUCCAGAGCUGGAUAUUCUGUGUUACAAUUAUGGCAGACAAGUUAACAAGAAUCGCUAUUGUCAACCACGACAAAUGCAAACCUAAAAAAUGUCGACAGGAGUGCAAAAAAAGUUGCCCCGUAGUCCGGAUGGGAAAAUUAUGCAUAGAGGUUACACCCCAGAGCAAAAUAGCAUGGAUUUCUGAAACUCUUUGUAUUGGUUGUGGUAUUUGUAUUAAGAAAUGUCCCUUUGGCGCCUUAUCAAUUGUCAAUUUGCCAAGCAACUUGGAAAAAGAAACAACACAUCGCUAUUGUGCCAAUGCCUUCAAGCUUCACAGGUUGCCUAUCCCUCGUCCAGGUGAAGUUUUGGGAUUAGUUGGAACUAAUGGUAUUGGAAAGUCAACUGCUCUAAAAAUUUUAGCCGGAAAGCAAAAGCCAAACCUUGGAAAGUAUGAUGAUCCGCCUGAUUGGCAAGAGAUUUUGACUUAUUUCCGUGGAUCUGAAUUACAAAAUUACUUCACCAAGAUUCUAGAAGAUGACCUAAAAGCCAUUAUCAAACCUCAAUAUGUAGAUCAAAUUCCCAAGGCAGCAAAGGGGACAGUGGGCUCUAUUCUGGACCGAAAAGAUGAAACAAAGACACAGGCAGUCGUCUGUCAGCAGCUAGAUCUGACUCACCUGAAGGAACGGAACGUGGAAGAUCUCUCCGGAGGGGAGCUGCAGAGAUUCGCUUGUGCCGUGGUUUGCAUACAGAAGGCUGACAUUUUUAUGUUUGAUGAACCUUCUAGUUACCUUGAUGUCAAGCAACGUUUAAAGGCUGCCAUUACUAUUCGAUCUCUAAUAAAUCCAGAUAGAUACAUCAUUGUGGUGGAGCAUGAUCUAAGUGUACUAGACUAUCUGUCUGACUUCAUCUGCUGUCUGUAUGGUGUGCCAAGUGCUUAUGGUGUUGUCACUAUGCCUUUUAGUGUGAGAGAAGGCAUAAAUAUAUUUUUGGAUGGCUAUGUUCCAACAGAGAACUUGAGGUUCAGGGAUGCAUCACUUGUCUUUAAGGUAGCUGAGACAGCAAAUGAAGAAGAAGUUAAAAAGAUGUGCAUGUAUAAAUACCCCGGGAUGAAGAAGAAGAUGGGCGAGUUCGAGCUAGCAAUUGUAGCUGGAGAGUUCACUGACUCAGAAAUCAUGGUGAUGCUGGGGGAAAACGGUACAGGUAAAACCACAUUUAUCAGAAUGCUUGCUGGAAGGCUUAAGCCAGACGAAGGAGGAGAAGUACCAGUUCUAAAUGUCAGUUAUAAGCCACAGAAAAUCAGUCCCAAAUCAACAGGAAGUGUUCGCCAGUUACUACAUGAAAAGAUCAGAGAUGCUUACACUCAUCCACAGUUUGUGACUGACGUAAUGAAGCCCCUACAAAUUGAAAACAUCAUUGACCAAGAGGUGCAGACGUUGUCUGGUGGUGAACUGCAGCGUGUAGCUUUAGCCCUUUGUCUGGGCAAGCCUGCUGACGUCUAUUUAAUUGACGAGCCAUCUGCAUAUUUGGAUUCUGAGCAAAGAUUAAUGGCAGCUCGGGUCGUCAAACGUUUCAUUCUCCAUGCAAAGAAGACAGCUUUUGUUGUAGAGCAUGACUUCAUCAUGGCCACCUACCUAGCAGAUCGCGUCAUCGUUUUUGAUGGUGUUCCUUCUAAGAACACAGUUGCAAACAGUCCUCAGACUCUUUUGGCUGGCAUGAACAAAUUUUUGUCUCAGCUCGAAAUUACGUUCAGAAGAGACCCCAACAAUUACAGACCGAGGAUAAAUAAGCUCAAUUCAAUCAAGGAUGUAGAACAAAAGAAGAGUGGAAACUACUUUUUCUUGGAUGAUUAGAUUGAAUCUGAACUUAUCAAUAAGCCAUUUACUUACUGGGAUUUUUAUCAUAUAAAACUUUAAUCAGGUUUUAUGGCCCCACAUACUCUGGAGCUUGAAGUAUGAUUUUCUUAAUGUGACAUCGAAAGCCAGUUGUCUUGUGAAGUCUUGUUUAAGAGCUAUUCUGUUCUUAACAUUAAACCUUUGUGCAUACCACACUAACAUGGAGACAUUUCAAAUAUCACUUACCUCCAGAUUAUCACGAUCUGUGGGGAGAUUUUCAGUUGUGUAUUAUAUUCAUGUACCAGAUCCUUCCUGGUGUUGCCCAUCUUUGAAAUCUUGCAUACAAUCUGCACUUGCCUGUUUGCUAAGUGUACCAGUCUAAUGGACUGCCCUCGUCUACAAGCCAGUCACAAACUUACUGCUGCAGUCCGUCCGAAGCACCAGGGCUGCAUCUGCUACUUGGUUCAGUCUGUGCACUGUGUUUUCUAUCAGUGUGUGCUUCUGAGGAACGGUGUCUGCUACAAACACCGUUGUUGAAAGAUGUUUAUGACCAACUUAUGCAUUGUUUUUAAUGGGUUUUUGGUGCUUUUGAACAUUUGUCAAAAAUUAUUUCAGUACCCUAAUUUAACUGGUUUUUUUUUUUGUUCUUACAUUCUACAAGCUCUAUAACAACAUUCACAGUAAUGUUACUUUUAUAAAUAUAUAUAUAAUCACUGAUCAAGAUUAGGGAGAAAACAUUUCUGAAGAAUAUUUGCUUCCUGUAAAACCAUAGGCUUGGGCUGAGGAGAUGGUUCAAUCAGUAAAGUACAAGCCACUCAUUCUUGAGAACCGCAUGUGAGACUUAGUGGGACUCGCUAAUACCAGCCAAUCUGGGAGUGAGGUCAAGCAGAUCCAUACAGCUCACUGGCCGGCCAGCCUAACAGUGCUCUGGCCCCAACACAGUGUACACACACACACACACACACACACACACACACACACACACACACACACACCCUACAGAUACAGUCUUUAUAGUUGGUGCCUACGUAUCUGGAUUUUAGGGGUUUAGUUUUGUUUUAUUUUGAGACAGUGUGUCCUACAGCCCAAAUUGGCCUCAAAUUAGUUAUUGAAUUUCUCAGCCCAUGCCUAGGCUUAGGUUACGCAGUACUGAGGAUCAAGCCCAAGGCUUGGUGUGUCCUAGGCAAGCACUCUAACAACUGAGCUACAUCCCAGCCCUACAUGUUUCUAGACUACAGCAGCCAAGGACACCCUUAACCCCUGCGGGGAGCCUGGGCAAAGGCAGUAAGGCGUCCAUUGCUGCACUGCGCACGCACAUGUAGGUUUAUGCCCAACUGGAAUUAUAAGGGCCGUGGACUACAACCAACAAUGCAAGCAGAACUUUAAAUAACAGAUCUUGAUUAAUUUGGAAACAAUGAUAGUUUGUUCUGAGUGCAACUCAUUAGGCCUUCUAAAAAUGAAUUUAUAUAUAAUCCAUAAAUAUCUGUUGUAAAAGAACGCAAAUCUGCAGAAGUAUAUGGAAUAAAAACUCUCCUUCAUCA